AUGUGUUUCUCUUACUCCAAAGCUUCUCCGCUGUUGCUUUACGCAAAUCGGCGUGAUCUCCGGCUGGUGGAUGCCGCAGACGUGACUGAGAAUGCCACAGUUGUGGUGGGUGGCCUGGAAGACGCUGCUGCGCUGGACUUUGUCUUCGUCCGUGGUUUGAUAUACUGGAGCGACGUCAGCGAAGAAGCCAUUAAACGCACAGAAUUCAACCAAUCCGGGAGUGUGCAAAACGUUGUCGUUUCUGGACUCUUGUCACCUGAUGGGCUAGCUUGUGAUUGGCUGGGUGAAAAACUGUACUGGACGGAUUCUGAAACGAACCGGAUCGAAGUCUCCAAUUUAGAUGGAUCUUUGCGAAAAGUUUUAUUCUGGCAAGAGCUGGAUCAACCCAGAGCAAUUGCAUUAGAUCCUGCAAGAGGGUUCAUGUACUGGACGGACUGGGGAGAAAUGCCAAAGAUAGAACGUGCUGGGAUGGAUGGUUUAAGCCGUUCGGUUAUCAUCAAUGCAGACAUUUAUUGGCCAAAUGGAUUAACCCUGGAUUACGAAGAACAGAAGCUCUACUGGGCAGAUGCUAAACUGAACUUCAUUCACAGAUCAAAUCUGGAUGGAACACAUAGGCAAGCUGUGAUUAAAGGAUCCCUCCCACAUCCUUUUGCUCUGACGUUAUUUGGUGACACGCUGUAUUGGACGGAUUGGACAACUCGCUCUAUCUUGGCCUGCAACAAAUACACUGGACAGAACCUGCGUGAAAUACAUUCCAACAUCUUUUCUCCCAUGGACAUCCACGUCUUUAGUCAACAGCGGCAGCCCAGUGCUGCAAACCCCUGCAGGAAUAACAAUGGUGGUUGUUCCCAUCUGUGUUUGAUGUCUCCCAUCAAGCCCUUUUAUCGGUGCGCGUGUCCCACAGGUGUGAAGCUCCUUGAGAAUAAGAAGACUUGCAAAGAUGGAGCCAUGGAGUUGCUACUGCUGGCCCGAAGGACUGAUUUGCGACGGAUCUCCUUGGACACUCCGGAUUUCACUGACAUUGUGCUGCAGCUGGAAGACAUCCGGCAUGCCAUUGCUAUUGACUAUGACCCUGUUGAGGGGUAUAUUUAUUGGACAGAUGAUGAAGUGAGAGCCAUCAGGCGUUCCUUCCUCGAUGGCUCAGCUAGCCAGUUUGUCGUACAGGCACAGAUUGCACACCCCGAUGGCAUUGCUGUAGAUUGGGUUGCCCGAAACCUUUACUGGACAGAUACGGGGACAGACCGCAUUGAAGUCACAAGGCUUAAUGGGACCAUGAGGAAGAUCUUGAUCUCCGAAGACCUGGAAGAGCCUAGAGCUAUAGUCUUGGAUCCUAUGAUUGGCUACAUGUACUGGACCGACUGGGGAGAGAUUCCAAAGAUUGAGAGGGCAGCCUUAGAUGGUUCUGACCGAGUUGUCUUGGUCAAUACCUCACUCGGUUGGCCGAAUGGAUUGGCGCUGGAUUACAUUGAAAACAUGAUAUAUUGGGGAGAUGCCAAAACAGACAAAAUUGAGGUCAUGAACACAGAUGGAACCAGCAGAAGAGUCCUUGUGGAGGACAAGCUGCCUCACAUCUUCGGUUUCACCCUGCUGGGAGACUAUAUUUAUUGGACAGACUGGCAAAGGCGAAGCAUUGAGCGGGUUCAUAAGCGGACAGCAGAAAGGGAGACCAUAAUUGACCAGCUGCCUGAUCUCAUGGGCCUCAAGGCUACAAAUGUCCACCAGAUUAUUGGUACAAACCCUUGUGCAGAAUCCAAUGGGGGUUGCAGCCACCUCUGCUUGUACAGGCCUCAAGGACUGCGCUGUGCCUGCCCCAUAGGCCUGGAGCUCCUGAGUGACAUGAAGACCUGCAUCGUCCCAGAAGCCUUCCUGCUGUUUUCCCGUCGAGCAGAUAUCAGGCGAAUCUCUCUGGAAACAAACAACAAUAACGUUGCUAUCCCGCUGACAGGAGUCAAAGAAGCCUCUGCCCUGGAUUUUGAUGUGACUGACAAUCGCAUAUAUUGGACAGACAUCUCGUUGAAGACCAUCAGUAGAGCAUUCAUGAACGGAAGUGCUCUAGAACAUGUGGUUGAGUUUGGGUUAGAUUAUCCAGAAGGCAUGGCUGUGGAUUGGCUAGGGAAGAACCUCUAUUGGGCGGACACAGGGACAAAUCGUAUUGAGGUGUCAAAGUUGGAUGGGCAGCAUCGCCAAGUUCUGGUCUGGAAGGAUCUUGACAGUCCUCGGGCACUGGCUCUGGAUCCUGCUGAAGGGUUCAUGUACUGGACAGAAUGGGGUGGGAAGCCCAAAAUUGACAGAGCAGCCAUGGAUGGUAGUGAACGUAGUACUUUGGUGCCAAACGUGGGGCGAGCAAAUGGUCUGACAAUUGAUUAUGUUAAAAGAAGGUUGUACUGGACUGACUUGGAUACCAACCUGAUCGAAUCUUCAAAUAUGCUGGGCCUUGACCGUGAUGUUAUAGCAGAUGAUUUACCGCAUCCCUUUGGCCUGACUCAGUACCAGGAUUACAUCUACUGGACAGACUGGAGCCGACGUAGCAUUGAACGUGCCAAUAAGACCAGCGGACAGAAUCGGACCAUCAUCCAAAACCACCUGGAUUACGUGAUGGACAUCCUUGUCUUCCAUUCAUCCCGACAAGCAGGUUGGAAUGAAUGUGCUUCCAGCAACGGGCAUUGCUCCCACCUCUGCCUGGCAGUGCCCAUAGGUGGUUUUGUCUGUGGAUGUCCUGCUCAUUAUUCUUUGAACCCCGACAACAGAACAUGUAGCGCCCCUACAAGUUUCUUGCUCUUCAGUCAGAAGAACGCAAUCAAUCGUAUGGUGAUCGACGAGUUGCAGAGUCCAGAUAUCAUGCUUCCAAUCCACAGCCUCCGAAAUGUUCGGGCAAUCGACUAUGACCCGCUGGAGAAGCAGCUGUACUGGAUCGACUCGCGGCAAAACAUUAUCAGAAAGUCGCAAGAGGACGGCAGUCAGAGUUUUACAGUUGUGAUGAGUCCUGUUCCCAACCAAAAUACAGAUAUCCAGCCAUAUGAUCUGAGUAUUGAUAUCUACAGCCGUUACAUUUACUGGACUUGUGAAGCCACAAAUGUCAUCAACGUCACACGCCUGGAUGGACGGGGGAUGGGCGUGGUGUUGAAAGGUGAACAGGAUAGGCCUAGAGCUAUUGUUGUGAAUCCAGAGAAAGGGUACAUGUAUUUCACCAACCUCCAAGAGAGGUCUUCUCCUAAAAUAGAAAGGGCAGCAUUAGAUGGGACCGAACGAGAGGUCCUCUUUUCCAGCGGGCUGAGUAAACCCGUUGCCUUGGCCAUUGACAGCCACUUGGGGAAGUUAUUCUGGGCAGACUCUGACCUACGGAGAAUUGAGAGCAGCGAUCUUUCAGGUGCAAACCGGGUAGUAUUAGAAGAUUCCAACAUACUGCAGCCUAUAGGACUGACCGUAUUUGAAAAAUGGCUCUACUGGAUCGAUCGCCAUCAACAGAUGAUUGAGAAAAUUGACAUGACUCGCCAAGAGGGACGUACAAAAGUUCAGGCUCGAAUUGCUCAACUCAGCGACAUCCAUGCCGUUAAAGAACUCAACAUGCAGGAGUACCGGCAGCACCCCUGUUCCCAAGAUAACGGUGGCUGUUCUCACAUCUGCAUUAUAAAAAGCGAUGGAACUACCCGUUGUUCCUGUCCCAUGCAUCUGGUCCUUCUUGAAGACGAACUUUCCUGUGGAGAGCCUCCAACUUGCUCCCCGCAACAUUUCACAUGCUACACAGGAGAGAUUGACUGCAUCCCUGUUGCCUGGCGCUGUGAUGGGUUCACGGAGUGUGAAGAUGCCAGUGACGAGAAGAAUUGCCCCGUGUGCUCCGAUUCUCAGUUCCAGUGUGAGAGCGGGCAAUGCAUUGAUGCCACCCUGCAGUGCAACGGAGAACCAAAUUGUCAGGAUAACUCAGACGAAGAGAAGUGUGAAGUCCGCUGUUUAACAGAUCAGUUCCGGUGUGUUAACGGUCAGUGCAUCGGGAAGAGCAAGAAAUGUGAUCACAACCUGGAUUGUUACGACAGUUCAGAUGAACAGGGCUGCUACACAACGGAAGAACCAGCCCCACCAGCCACCAAUACAAUAGGCUCCAUCAUUGGUGUGAUUCUUACAGUCUUUGUCGUUGGUGCUAUGUACUUCGUUUGCCAGAGAGUGCUGUGCCCGCGCAUGAAGGGCGAUGGCGAAGCCAUGACCAAUGACUAUGCGGUUCAUGGGCCACCUUCUGUUCCUCUGGGUUAUGUGCCUCACCCAAGCUCCCUUUCUGGAUCUCUUCCAGGAAUGUCCCGUGGCAAGUCUGUGAUCAGUUCGCUUAGCAUCAUGGCAGGAAGCAGCGGCCCACCUUACGACAGAGCUCACGUUACCGGGGCAUCCUCCAGCAGCUCUUCAAGCAUCAAAGGAGCCUACUUCCCUCCAAUUUUGAACCCUCCUCCAUCACCGGCCACGGAGGACUCCCGUUACACAAUGGAGUUUGGCUAUUCUUCCAACAGCCCUUCUACACACCGAUCAUACAGUUACAGGCCCUACAGCUACCGCCAUUUUGCACCUCCUACUACCCCAUGCAGUACAGACGUUUGUGACAGUGAUUACGCACCCAGCCGGCGGGUGAUGACGAUGGGGGGCAAAGGCUAUGCCAGCGAUCUCAACUACGAUUCUGAGCCCACGCCGCCGCCCCCGACGCCACGCAGCCAGUACCUGUCGGCAGAGGAGAACUACGAGAGUUGCCCGCCAUCCCCGUACACAGAACGGAGCUACACGCACCACCUCUACCCCCCGCCACCUUCUCCUUGCACCGAUUCCUCCUGAGAGGUGCCCCCCCGGACUGCUUCCAGCUCAGCUGUGUAAAUAGCGUUGCCCCUGUCGAGGACGUGAGGGCAGGGUCUCCUGUGUACAGUUAAAGUAUUUGAAAUGGGGAGGCUGCCUUUUGUAGAAUGGGGAGAGGGAGGGAGUGAAGAGGUUAUUUAUAUAUUUUCCUAAAACAGAGAUUGCUGCUUUGUGACAUAAGAAAUUUUUAAAGUUUGUAUACAGAGUUUUUUUUAAUUAUUAUUUUUCCAAAUGGAACACAAGAAGAUGCCUUAAAUCAGUGAAGGGACUGAGUGUGGAAAGACCAGGAGAUGUUGCUGUCAAUGAGCCAAAUAUAAAAAAGAAGACAAAGAAGAUGAUUUUUUUUUAAGGAAAAAAAAGAGACAAGGAAAAGAAUGAAAGGACCGUCAUGACCAAGCAGCGUUUAAAAAAUAUCUGCAAAGAGUUGAGUAACUGAAUGUUUUUAACUCUGAUGGGCCAGAGUUAAACCUGAAGAAAGCUGUUGGGACAGAUCACUAACGGUACACCAAGGGCUUUGUUUUCUACAAAAAUGGAGCUGUUAGAGCACUAAAAGCAUCAUGCUCACACACGCUUCUGAACACUUCCUUUAAUUCUCACCCUUUGAAUUGUCCCAAACGUACUGGGUUCCCAGCUCUUUGUCCCUGCUUUGAAGUUCCACCGUUGUGUUGCGCGUGGCUUUGUCCAAGGCUGUAGAAACAUCUUCUCGUUGGGUCCAACGUGGGCAAGGAUGCUUCUGACCUGGAGUGGGGGCACUUUCUCUCGCUACCUGUGAGCAGCUCCAUAAGGAAGCAGUGCCUUUUCCUGGCCUUGGCGAGUAGCCACCGAGCCCCAGGAAAACACACAGUUGAAUUAAGGAGCCGGCAGCAACGUGGAUCAACUUUGCGGCACUCUGUUGGCCUCCUCCCCCUUUAGUCGGCCACGUGUGGGCCUGAGCCUGUGGGGAUCCCACCCGAGCCCAGGAAAAUGUGCAGCUUCUUUAUGAAGCAGCCACCCAGUAGAGAAGCCGAGCCUUGCUGCACCUCUUUCAGAUCCAGACGCGGCGCGCCAGCGCAGAGCUGCGUGCCUUUGGUUUUUUUAGUGGGGAGGCUGUUCGCUUGGCGCUUGCACCUCAGGACUUGCUUGUCGUGAGAUGGGGAACGGAUCGAGCUGAGCUAGGCCACGCACACUCCUUCUCUGACACAAGAUACAGCCUCUUGUGGGAUUGGAAAAGUCAUCUGUCUCCAUGAACGGGAGUUGGCGUGCUCUCUUUUUCUUCAAAAAGAGUUUCACUUCUGUGGCUGCAGGAGAGGGAGCAGACGUACCGCUGGGUCGCUGCUGCUCUCUCACCGUGAGUAGAGUCCUGGGGUCUGAGUCCUUGAUGAGCGGGCUCUUUGCGAGAAUGUGUGUGCCUGCGCACUUAUGGGCGUGUGCGAGAAAGGCUUUUCGUUUCUUCCUGCCAGUGCAAUCGGAUGAAUUCUACCAGGUCAGUAAUGUUUUCAGACUUGAGACGAGGGUAAUUGCAUCUGGAAAAAACACUUCUCCCAGCUUCAGUAGGCUUCCGUGUCCCCAAACAGGUGCCCUAUUUUUUUUAAGCACACAAUCAAAGAAUAAAACAUAUAGGUGGCAUAUUUAUAAAAAUUAACGUUGGGCUCUUCCUUUAAUGUAAAGGAAGACCUAUAUUCUUGCAGUACAUCCCGUGACUCUACGUGCACUUAAUCGCCACGUACAGCUUGUAUUUUAAAUCAUGCCAUUUUUCUUUAUCGAGCAACAUGCGAACGCUUUUUUCAGUCUGGAUGCAUCCGUGAUCGGAAAUGCCCCUUCUCGCUGGGGCGGUGUUGAUCCAGCCGAGGCCAGUCCUUGCAGCGUGUGACUCCAACAAGCUGCUCCCUGCUGUCUGGCAGAAGUUCACUUCUUAAGCCUGAACCACUGUGAAUGCCUGUUUCCGAACCUCCUCUUCGUCGAAGUAUUUUCCGAGCUCCAUGUGCUGUUGAUUUUUUUAAUCUCGAUGAUAAAAAGAGGUUGCUAGGUUGUCUUCAUGACAUGUUACCGGAAAGUAUGUGAGAAGCUCUCCAACUCCAGCAGUUCCUUGAUUGCAGCGUGCAGUUUUUUUGGUUUGCAGACAGGGAGCAGCUGAAUCUUUUCUUAAGGACGCUCUGAACUGCAAACUUUGGGACUGAAGAGGAUACAGACAUUUCAGACACUCCCUGGGAAAUGUCGUUGCUCCACUUUGUGCUAAUUUAUGGCCACUUUGUGGAAUUGUUUUCUGAAGUUGAGGCACGUGUCUUCAAACCCUUCUGGGUGCAUAAAUACACAUGCUGGCUGGGGAAUUCUGGGGGUUGAAAAACAGUGCUUUAGUCCAAAAGAUACGGGGUCACCUGAAACACGAGAUGUGUGAAACAGUGCUGGAGAGAAUUAAUUUCUCAUUGUUGUAUCUCUCUUUCAGUGCGCACUAUUCUGAUUGAAUUGGCAUGAACAAACUUGCAGUGGGGAAUGCAGAACUUUGCAUUGUCAGUUCAGAAAUGUGCUUGUGUUAGCAGCGAUCUUUUCUCUUGCCAAAGUGUCUCUGUGCCACUUUCUCCUGUAAGGUGGUUCUUGCCUUGAGUCACACCAAGGAUCUCCAAAACCUGUUUAAUGUCUUUGUGAACCAGAAGUUACCCCCACUGAGGCAAAGGAUUCCCACGGUUUAGUUGCUGUUCAGAUGGCUCCAUGCAAACGUAAUGAAAUGGUGUCUUUCUUUAAGGUUUGAUUUGCAAAUCUAAAUAGGUUUCCUCCACGCCUUCAUUUCCCCAGAAUUUCUUGUUUCACCCAAUAGCAGUUUGCUCCCAGCAGGGAGACAAAAGCUGCAGAGCCCUGUAGCAGAUCCAUUCCAGUGGUGGAGAACAUAAAUAGCUCCGACUUGAAUUGUGGGGUCCUUGGUCUUCUCACCAGGCUCGGUCACAUCAUCUGUGCACAGCCAAGCUCAGAGAACACUUAAGAACCCAACCGUAGAGUCAUUCUCAGACUUUUAAGAAGCAUCAGGAAGUACUGAGGAGAGACCUACUAACCCUUUGCAACAAGAACAAUGAAUUUUAUUGAUUAGUCUGAUCCAAUCAAAAGCUGUAAAACCAAUAUACUAACCCUUUGCAGAUACCACGUUUUGAUGUGGACGAGCACAGGUCUCCUCCCAUUUAUUCCACCCCUCCUUGAAGAAAAUCUUCAAUUGGCCACAGACCCAUAGUUUUAGUGGCACGCAUCAAAUGUGUGAUAGCUGCAGGUCCGUAGGCAAGGAAAGC